AUGAAAUUAUUAUUAUUGGCGCUUAUUUUAGUGCUCAGUAAUAUUAAUUUAAUAAGUGGUAAUGGUUUAGUUUGGCCACAUCCAAGAUUACCAUGUAGCCCAUAUGACGAAAGGGGUUGUAUAAAUACACAAAAAUGUAGUAGUACUGAUUGUGAUUCAUUUAAACGUAGAAUAUAUUUUGAUGUUGCUUAUAAUACAGCAUUUACAAUUUAUCAACAUACAAUUUUUAAAUACUAUUCUGCAAAUUAUUAUAAAGUUGAGUUAAUAGUUGGAGGUAAAGUUUAUUUUAUUCAUAAAUUUGGUCAAUUUAGAGGUGAUGAUUGUGAAUUUGAUGAAAUUAUUCCAGCUUUUUAUAAGAAAGUUCAAUUUUUAGAUUUAUCAACACCAAUUAAAGCAACAAUUCAAUUUUCAUUUGAUUUUUCAUCACAUCCAAAACAUGCAAACAUUUAUUAUUCCUGUAUAGAUGUUUGGUUAUUCGACUCUGCAUAUUACAAUUAUUGCCCAACUAAUAGUGGUGGUGGAAGUGGUAAUAGUGGUGGUAGUUGGUCAAGUGGUGGAAGUGGUAAUAGUGGUGGUGGUUGGUCAAGUGGUGGAAGUGGUAAUAGUGGUGGUAGUUGGUCAAGUGGUAAUAGUGGUGGUCAUUCUACAGGUGAUUGCCCAACAAGUAGCGGAGGUUGGACAUCUGGUAGUCACUCAAGUGGAUCAUGGUCAUCAGGUGGUGGUAGUGGUUCAUCAUCAGGAGGUCAAUCAAGUGGAUCUUGGUCUUCAGGAGGUGGUUCAUCUUCAGGAGGUCAUUCAAGUGGAUCUUGGUCUUCAGGAGGUGGUUCAUCUGCAGGAGGUGGUUCAUCUUCAGGAAGUCAUUCAAGUGGAUCUUGGUCAAGUGGUGGCUCAUCUUCAGGAGGUCAAUCAAGUGGAUCUUGGUCUUCAGGAGGUGGUUCAUCUUCGGGAGGUCAAUCAAGUGGAUCUUGGUCUUCAGGAGGUGGUUCAUCUUCAGGAAGUCAUUCAAGUGGAUCUUGGUCAAGUGGUGGCUCAUCUUCAGGAAGUCAUUCAAGUGGAUCUUGGUCAUCAGGUGGUAGCUCAUCAUCAAGUGGAAACAGCGGAUGGAUGACUGCUUCUGGGGGUAAUACUGGUGGAAAUACUGGUGGAAAUACUGGUGGAAAUACCGGUGGCCAAUCAAGUGGAAACAGCGGAUGGAUGACUGCUUCUGGUGGUAAUACUGGUGGUAAUACUGGUGGAAAUACCGGUGGUCAAUCAAGUGGAAACAGCGGAUGGAUGACUGCUUCUGGUGGUAAUACUGGUGGAAAUACUGGUGGAAAUACCGGUGGCCAAUCAAGUGGAAGCUCUUCAUCAGGUGGCAAUAGUGGUUGGUUAACAUCUUCUGGCAGUAAUAGUGGAAGUUCUUCGUCAGGUAGUAAUAGUGGUUGGUUAACAUCUUCUGGUAAUAGUGUAAGUUCUUCAUCAGGUGGUAAUAGUGGCUGGUUAACAUCUUCUGGUGGUAAUAGCGGAGGCAAUAGUGGAAGUUCUUCAUCAGGUGGCAAUAGUGGUUGGUUAACAUCUUCAGGUGGUAACAGUGGUGGUUCCUCAUCUUCAGGCAGCAAUAGUGGUGCCUCAUCUUCAGGUGACAAUACUGGAGGUAAUAGCGGUUGGUUGACAUCAUCUGGUGGUAAUACUGGAGGUAAUAGUGGUGCUGCAACCGGAGGAAAUAGUGGAGGUAACAGUGGUGCCUCAUCUUCAGGAGGUAAUAGUGGCGGUGCUUCAUCAUCUGGUGGCAAUACUGGAGGUAAUAGCGGUUGGUUGACAUCAUCUGGUGGUAAUACUGGAGGUAAUAGUGGUGCUGCAACCGGAGGAAAUAGUGGAGGUAACAGUGGUGCCUCAUCUUCAGGAGGUAAUAGUGGUUGGUUGACCGGCGGUGUUACUGGUGGCAAUAGUGGAGGUGCUACUGGAGGUAAUAGCGGUGGUGCUACUGGAGGUAAUAGUGGAGGUGCUACUGGAGGAAAUAGCGGUGGUGCUACUGGAGGCAAUAGCGGCGGUGCUUCAUCAUCUGGUGGCAAUAGUGGAGGUGCUACAGGAGGUAAUAGCGGUGGUGCUACUGGAGGCAAUAGCGGUGGUGCUACUGGAGGUAAUAGCGGUGGUGCUACUGGAGGCAAUAGUGGAGGUGCUACAGGUGGUAACAGUGGAGGUGCUACUGGAGGAAAUAGCGGCGGUGCUUCAUCAUCUGGUGGCAAUACUGGAGGUAAUAGCGGCGGUGCUACUGGAGGUAAUAGCGGCGGUGCUACUGGAGGCAAUAGUGGAGGUGCUACAGGUGGUAACAGUGGAGGUGCUACUGGAGGAAAUAGUGGAGGUAACAGUGGUGCCUCAUCUUCAGGAGGUAAUAGCGGUUGGUUAACAGGUGGUGCUACUGGUGGUAAUAGUGGAGGUGCUACUGGAGGAAAUAGUGGCGCUGCAACCGGAGGAAAUAGUGGUGCUACUGGUGGUAAUAGUGGAGGAAAUAGUGGCGCUGCAACCGGAGGAAAUAUUGGAGGUGCUUCAAGUGGUUCCAGUUCUUCAGGAGGUAAUAGCGGUUGGUUAACAGGAGGCGCUACUGGAGGUAAUAGUGGCGGUGCUACUGGAGGUAAUAGUGGCGGUGCUACUGGAGGUAAUAGUGGCGGUGCUACUGGAGGUAAUAGUGGAGGUGCUACUGGAGGUAAUAGUGGAGGUGCUACUGGUGGUAAUAGUGGUGCUGCAACUGGAGCAAAUAGUGGUGCUGCAACUGGAGCAAAUAGUGGCGCUGCAACUGGAGCAAAUAGUGGUGCUGCAACUGGUGCAAAUAGUGGAAACAAUGCCGCUGUAACUGGUGCUGCAAAUGGAAAUAAUGGCGCUGCAGCUGGAGCAAAUAGUGGUGCCGCAACUGCUGCAAAUAGUGGUGCCGCAACUGCUGCAAAUAGUGGUGCCGCAACUGCUGCAAAUAGAGGAAACAAUGCCGCUGCAACUGGUGCUGCAAAUGGAAAUAAUGGCGCUGCAGCUGGAGCAAAUAGUGGUGCCGCAACUGCUGCAAAUAGUGGUGCUGCAAAUAGUGGUGCUGCAACUGCUGCAAAUAGUGGUGCUGCAGCUGGAGCAAAUAGUGGUGCUGCAACUGCUGCAAAUAGUGGCGCUGCAACUGCUGCAAGUGGUGGAAAUGGUGCAAGUGGUGCUGCAAACCCUGGUUCAAUAGUAACUCCAAAUGAUCAAAAUGUUUCUCCAUUAUCGAACUCUGAUGCUGCAGCAACCGCAGCAUCAACUACAGGCAGAAACCCAAGAAAUCCAACAAGUAGAGCUCCAACGGUCACACCAACGCCAACCUCUUCAGCUGAAGAACCAGCUGCUGGUGGCGAAGAUUCAAGUGCAAUCUCCAAAUAUAGUAUUCAAUCAUUUGGUAUCUUUGUUUUAUCAAUGAUAAUAUAUUUAGUAAUUUAA